ACAGCAUCGACGGGGCUUGCUUCUUUUUCUGCCCAACGAGGGGGGCUGCAUUGAAUCGGUAGACGGGAAUAUUGUGACGCCGCACUUCGCGCUCACCUAGCCGCACCCAGGAACCCGAUUGCUGUCACCGGCGCUCCAGCAUACAGUCUCUCCAUCACAGAGAGCGGCCAGCUGUCCUUGGCAACGCCCUUGACAACGCGACGCGACGCGCAGCACCAACAUCGAAACCAAACGGACGGGAAACACGCCGAAUGUCCAAAGCCGCACACAAGCACAACCUGCUGGGUCUGGUGGACGAGGACUCCGAGGACGACCUGGUGGAACAGAGGAAGCCGACCGCCAACACGACCAGGAAACGGACCGCAAGCGGAGCACCCACGACCGCCUCGAUGCCGCCCGCCAAGAAAAGGGGAGGUGCCACGGCUGCCGCAACCGCAAAAGGCCGCGGCGGCACGGCGAACAAGGUCACGAAGCCCGCUGCCAAAACAGUCCCGGCCUCCCGGCGACGCGCUAGCGACCAAGUCGCCGCUGCGCUGGCGGAAGCCGAGGCCGAGGCCGAGGCGGCCGCAGAGGCCCCCGCGCCGCGCAACCCACCUGGCAGGAGAGGCGGGCGCGGAAGGGGAGGGGCGGCUGGGGCUAGAGGCAGGGUGAUCGCCUCAAUACAGCAGGACGACGGCCCAAGGGCGGUAGAGGACGAGGAGGCUGGCGAGGUCGAGGCGUCGGUGCUGUCGCCUCCUGAUAGCGACAAUCCCCAGACGACAGCCAGGCGCGCGCGCGGUCGGCCCAGAGCCGGCGCGGCCACGGCAUCCGGGGCAAAACGCCCAGCAACACGGGAUGCGUCGGAGCCGGUGGAGGAAGCCCCUGAGCCUGAGCCUGCCCCUGUCCCCCCGAGGAGAGGGCGGAAGCCAGCGGCAGGAAAGGCGAAGGCGGCGGCGGCGGCGGCGGCACCACCAGCAGCAGGAAGGGAAGAUGAGACGCUCGAGAUACCCGAAACGCAACAGGCCCCAGAGGAACCCAUGGACGUCGAUGUGACCGAGGACGAGGCCACGGGGCCGCUAAUAGGGGAUGAACUGACCGAGAUAUCGCCACUCCAGUCGCCGCCUGGUCCCGCGGUGCGCCACCCCAGCAUAUCGCCUACUAAGGUUAGGUCUACGAUGGAUUUGGACGAGAGCGACUCCUCUCUACGGCGUCGGCUGGGCGAGCUCACGAAGAAGCACGACGCGCUCGAGGCCAAGUACCGCGACCUGCGCGAGAUCGGGGUCAAGGAGGCCGAGAGGACGUUUGAGCGGCUCAAGAAACAAACCGAGGAGAGGGACAAAGCCGCAAACGACCUGAUCGCGAAGCUCAAGGAGGAGCUGGCGGCGCAAAAGGAGCUCGCCAAGGAGGGCCAGCGGCACAAGAAGGACCUCGAGGCCAAACAGGCCGAGGCGGCAUCCCUCACCUCCCAGGUGGCCGCGCUCGAGGGCGCCGUGGCCGAGGCCAAGAAGGAGGUCAAGACGCUGGCCGCCAAGCUCGCGUCGUCGCGCACCGUCGUCGACAGCGUCGCCGCCUCCAAGGUCCCGGGCAGCGCCCUCAAGCCCGGCCACCACCUCCACCUCGGCAGCGCCCUCAAGCCGGGCACGGCGGCCGCGCGCGCCGCCGCCGCCAGCGCCGAGGCCAUGCAGUCGGCGGCCCAGGUGGCCCAGAUGAAGGAGGACCUGUACGGCGACCUGACGGGCCUCAUUGUGCGCGGCGUCAAGCGGACCCCGGAAGAGGACGUGUUUGACUGCAUCCAGACGGGGAGGAAUGGGACCCUCCACUUCAAGCUCUCGAUAGGCAGCGACCUGUCGGCCGAGAGCUACGACCAGGUGCAGUUCAUGUACAUGCCCCAGCUGGACCCCAGCCGCGACAGGGCCCUGGUCGAGAUGCUGCCCGACUACUUGGUGGAGGAGAUCAGCUUCCCGCGGCCUCAUGCGGCCAAGUUCUACUCGCGGGUCAUGAGGUCGUUGACGGAACGCAUCGACUGAGGACCCGUGUGUUUCUUUUCCACUGUUCUUUUUUCUCCGCUUCUCUGUGCCACUUUUCUUUGCUCAAACUUGUCAAGGCCGGACUGGUAUUCUGGGUGUCUUGUAUUUCUGUGUUAUUGUAUGGGUGGCUUCCUCGCGCAUGAUAUUUUUUUACAUGAUACCUGGACGGAGCUGGGAGGCGUUUUGUCUUGGUUUUUUUUUUUGGCCACUAGAGAAAACAAGGCCCGCGAUCCCGCCUUUUGUUUUGCUACAUAGUGUUAAUAACUAGGGGCGGGGGCGGGCGGUCUCGAUGCUCGCAGUAGCCGCGCGUGUUGUUCAACAAAGCGAGCCAGCUUAUAUACAUCCCGUUUCCAAACCAUCUCCUUGCAUAGCAUACGA